AUGAUAUCACAAGAAAAUACCUUUAAGAAUACAAUAGGUUUAAAAGAAUUUGGGCCAUAACAAGCUUCCAUUAAUAAUUUUCCUAAACUGAUAAAUUAUAUCAAACUUUAGAGAUAAAUCAAAUAAUAAUAUUUUCAAAGGCUGAUCUAAGAAGAUCGAUUCCAAUAAAAUUUUUUCAAAAAGAAAAAAUAAUAAAAUAUUCAUAUUGGGACAAUUUUAAACCAAUAUUUUUAAGUCAAAAAGAAAAUUAAAACAAAAAAUAAAAGCAACAAAAAUGCUUAAUAAGAUUUUUUAAGUGAUAUUUUGAAAAAUAAAUUAGAAAUGAAUGAUUAAGAAGCCAAGAAAAACGCUGCUAAUAAUGGUAGUUAUUUUAAUAAUUGUAUAUAUAAAAAUUAUUUUUUUAGUUGAUGCUUUAGAUUAAAUGUAAAGAUGUGAGGAAGCAUUAAAUUCGGAUGAGCCAAAUUCUAAAUAUUAUCAUAACGAAGGUAAUCUUCUUUUAAUAAUCUAUAUUUUAAGCGAUUGCUUUAUAUAAAAUGAAAAGGUUUUAGGAUGCAUUAAAUUAUUUUGAUUUAGCGAUUUAAAAAAAUCCAAAAUCUUCAGACCAUUAUUAUGGCAAAGGUAAAUUUGAAAAUACAUAACUUUGUAGCAGAAACAUUACAAAAAAUGCUAAGAUUUGAAGAUGCAUUGAAAAAUUACAAUCAAGCUAUUCAUAUAAACCCUGAUAAAUCAGAAUACUAUAAUAGCAAAGGUAGAAUGUAACAUGUAUAUCUGUGUAGCGGUGACUUUAAGGCAGAUGAACAGAUUUGAAGAAGCUUUGUAAAUUUAUGAUUAAGCUAUUAAUAUAAAUCCUGAUUUAUCAGAAUAUUAUUAUAACAAAGGUAAAAUGUAAAAUCCAUAAUUGUGUAGCUGUAACUUUAAGAGUUAUGGAUAGAUUUGAUCAAUCAUUGGAACAUUAUGAUUUAGCUAUAGAAAGAAACCCAAAAAUUUCUGAUUAUUAUAAUGGCAAAGGUAGAAAUAAACCAUAUAUUAUUAUAUAGCAAUAACUUUAAGACAAAUUAAUGUAUAUGAUAAGGCAUUGGAUAAUCAUGAUUUAGCUAUAAAAAUAAACCCAGAAAAUUCGGAAUUUUAUAGGAGCAAAGGUAGAUAAUAAAAUUAUAUUGUGCAGCUAUAACAUUAGAAAAAAUAAGUAUGUAUGAAGAAGCAUUGAAAUUUUAUGAUCUAGCUAUACAGAAAAAUCCUGAAAAUUCAGAUUAUUAUGAUGGCAGAGGUAAAAAUUUAAUGGUAUAUUGUGAAGCGUAAACUUUAAAGCAAAUGAAUAGAUAUUAGGAAGCAUUAAAAUCGUAUGAUUAAGCAAUACAAAAUAACCCUGAAAAGUCAGAUUAUUAUAACAGCAAAGGUAAUUCAGAUUAUAGAUUAUUUGUACAGCAAUAAUUUUAAGGCUAUUGAAAAGGAAUAAAGAAGCUUUGGAAUAUCACAAUUCAGCUAUAGAGAAAAAUCCAGAAAAUUCAGAGUAUUAUAAUGGCAAAGGUAAAAAGUAUUAUGUCAUGUUGUUAAGCAACAACUUUAAGGAUGUUGAAUAGAUAUGAAGAAGCUUUGGAAUACUUUGAUUUCGCUAUUCAGAAGAACCCAGAAAAUGCAACUUAUUACUAUCACAAAGGUAUUUUGAUAAUUACAAAUUGAUAGCUGAUACUCUAGAUAUAAUGAAUAGAUCCUAACAAGCAUUAGAAUAUUAUGAUUUAGCUAUCUAGAGAAACCCUGAAGAUUCCGAUUUUUAUAAUGGAAAAGGUAAAAAGUAAAUGAAUAUGUAUAGCAAUUUCUUUAAAUCAAAUGUGUAGAUAUUAAGAGGCUUUAUUAUAUUAUGACUUAGCUAUUCAAAAAAACAUUUAAAAAGCAGAAUAUAGUAAUAACAAAGGUAGAAAGUAGCAAUAAUUUUUGUGUAGCAUUAACUUUAAGGAAAAUGAAUAGAUAUGAAGAGGCUUUAGCAUGUUUGAAUUAUGCAAUUUAACAAAAUCCUGAAAAUUCAACUUAUUACUAUCACAUAGGUAUUUUCAUAAUUGCAUAUGAUAGCUGAUAUUCUAGAAACUAUGAAUAGAUAUUAACAAGCGCUGGAAUAUUAUGAUUUAGCUAUAGAGAAAAACCCUGAAGAUUCUGAUUUUUAUAAUGGCAAAGGUAAAAAGUAAAUUGAAUUUUUGGUAGGAUUAACGUUAAGGAGUAUGAAUAAAUAUGAAGAAGCAUUAGAAUGUUUUAAUUAAGCAAUAAAAAAAAAUCCUGAAAUAGAAAUUUCUUACUAUAACAAAGGUAUUAUCAUUAUUGAAAACUUAUAGCUAUUGUUUUAUAAUAAAUGAAUAGAUAUGAAUAAGCAUUGUAAUAUUAUGAUUUAGCUAUAGAGAAAAACCCUGAAGAUUCUGAUUUUUAUAAUGGCAAAGGUAAAAAGUAAAUUGCAAUAUGAAUAGCAUUUACUUUAACUCAGUUAUAAAGAUAUGAAUAAGCUUUAUUUUAUUAUGAUUUAGCUAUUUAAAAAAAUUGUGAAAAAUCAGAAUAUUUCAAUAAUGCAGGUAAAAAGUAAAGUUAUUUGUGUAGCAUUUACUUUAAGAUAAUUGAGUAGAUAUAUAGAAGCAUUGGAGUAUUAUGAUUUAGCUAUAGAGAGAAGCCCAGAAAAUUCAGAUUAUUAUAAUGGCAAAGGUAAAACUAACUUAUUAUUCUGUAGCAUUAACUUUAAGAUAAUUGAGUAGAUACAAAGAAGCAUUGGAGUAUUAUGAUUUAGCUAUAUAGAAAAACCCAGAAAAUUCAGAUUAUUAUUUUGGCAAAGGUAAAAGUUAUUAUGCAUUUUUGUGUAGCAAUAAUUUUAAGGCAUAUGUGUAAAUAUGAAGAAGCAUUGGAAUAUUGUGAUUCAGCUAUCGAAAAAUAUCCAUAAAAUUCUGAUUAUUAAUAUGGCAAAGGUAAAAAUGAAAUUUGGAUUUUUUCUAGCAUUAACUUUAAAGCUAAUGUGUAAUUAUGAAGAAGCACUGGAAUAUUUUGAUUCAGCUAUAGAGAAAAACCCUUACAAAUUAGAAUAUUAUAAUUACAGAGGUAAAAUUAAGGAUGCAUAGUUUUUAGCAUAAACUUUACAUUAAAUGAAUAGGUUUGAAGAAGCUUAAGAAUGCUACAUUAAAAUGAAAAACCUAGAAUAAAAAAAAAAAAUAGGUUGA